AAAAAAAUCGAAUGUCAUUGCGGUUGUCAAACUGUACGCCUUUCGCAAUUGGUUGUAGCUGCUUUGGCGUUGCACCACAAAAAUAACUUUGAAUUCAUUUAUCGGUCGGCUUACUUCAACUAAUUUAACAAUGGAGAAUUUACGCAAGCAUUUAAGCCAAAUCCGUGUUCCCGAUAAUCAGUCUCAUGUGUACAAAGACGAAUGCGUCUAUUCGUACGACACGCCUGAAACCGAUACCGGUCUGUAUGUUAGUCUGACUACAUUUCUGGGCUAUGGUAAGGAAUAUGUAGAUGGCUAUUAUAAGGCUUCCGGAAAUGCCGUAUUCUUGCAUUUGAGACGCGAGAAGAAGGAGAUACCAUCAGACGAACAGCAGGCAUCUGAUGGUCCCGAGAAGAAAAUCACUCGAUUGGCCAUCGGUGUCGAGGGUGGAUUCGAUCCAGAAGCAAAUAAACGCAAAUUCGAAUACACAGAUCACUAUAAUGUUGUCGUAUUUCCCGGCCACGACAUUAUACCGUAUCCGAACGAUGACUUGCCGCUGCAGGUGACCAAUGCGAUUCAGGGAAUUUUACUGUCAGAAUCUGUGAUCUCGAAAAUGGAAAAGGAAUCGUUGGCUGGUACGUGGGAUGGUGAAGCGAGACUAGUAUCGAAAUUUGCCGAGGGUCUGUUACAAUUGGAGAAUGGCGUGAAGAUACCGCCAUCGGGAUGGAAAUGUGAAAAAUGCGAUCUCACUAACAAUUUGUGGUUGAAUUUGACUGAUGGAUCCAUAUUGUGCGGACGAAGAUUCUUCGAUGGGAGUGGUGGAAAUGAUCAUGCGGUUGAACAUUAUGCGGAGUGUAAAUUUCCCCUAGCCGUUAAAUUGGGAACAAUAACACCAGAUGGCAAAGGUGAUGUGUACAGUUACGCUGAGGAUGACAUGGUCGAAGAUCCGAAUUUGAUAAAACAUUUGGCUCAUUUCGGUAUCAAAACGAAUCAAUUGGAAAAGACUGAAAAAUCGAUGGUCGAACUAGAAUUGGACCUGAAUCAACGCAUCGGCGAAUGGAGCAUUUUAACGGAGAGUUCGAGUAAAUUGGAGCCGAUAGCUGGUCCCGGCUUUACCGGUAUGCAAAAUCUUGGCAAUACGUGCUACAUGAACAGUGUCAUGCAGGUGGUAUUUACGAUUCCCGAUUUCGUUCAUCGUUUUGCUGAACGAGCGCCAGAAAUAUUUGCGGCAUAUCCAGCUGAUCCUGCCAAUAAUUUCAACGUACAAGCUGCCAAAUUAGCUGUUGGACUGUUGAGCGGAAAGUACAGUUCGGUCGCUGAAAACUCAUUGGACACCGAGUCGACUGGGAUAUCUCCGGCAAUGUUCAAAAAUUUGAUAGGCAAAAAUCAUCCCGAUUUCUCUACGAAGCAGCAACAAGAUGCUCAGGAAUUCUUCCUCCACUUGGUGAAUGUUAUCGAGAAGAAUAGUCGAAAUCAACCGAAUCCCGCGGACGCGUUGAAGUUUCGUGUAGAGGAUAGAGUUGAAUGUUGCUCGAGUGGUAAAGUUAAGUACACGGCGCGAGAAGAGUGGUGUUUACCAUUACCGAUUCCGUUGCAUUUGGCUACUAAUAUCACUGAAGUACGAGAAUAUGAAGCAAGACUGGCUGAAGCUGAGAGUAAAGGUCAAAAAUUGGAACCAGACGCUCUCGUUCGUCCGCGCAUUCCACUGAUGGCAUGCCUCCAAACAUUUGCUCAGGAAGAAAUCGUUGAACAGUUCUACAGUACAGCAAUCAAUGAUAAAACUACAGCAAAAAAAACCGCCCGCUUAGCCACCAUGCCCGAUUAUUUGUUGCUUCAUUUGAAGAAAUUUACUUUGCGCGAAGACUGGACGUCGAUAAAGUUGGACGUUGCGGUUGAGAUUCCCGAUGAACUGGACUUGACUUCGUUGAAAGGAGCUGGUCUUCAACCGAAUGAAGAACUUUUGCCAGAACUGACUGGAAAAGCUCCCGAACUGCCGCCAUUCGAUCAGGACGUUUACUCUAAACUUAUGGACAUGGGUUUUCCGCCAAACGCUUGCCAAAAAGCCUUAUUUUUCACGAAGAAUUCCGGACUGGAGUCAGCAACUCAAUGGGUAAUGGAACACAUUACUGAUCCAGAUUUCAGUGAUCCAUUGGUGCAACCAGGGACCGACACAAAGCCCCAAGCCUUUGUUCCCGAUCCAAAUGGUCUAGAACUCAUUAUGGCUAUGGGAUUCACUACCGCACAGGCAACGAAAGCACUGAAAGAAACAAAUAACAACAUUGAACGUGCAGCUGACUGGAUAUUCUCUCAUGCAAUGGAAAUGGAUGCAAUGGAAAUAUCGGAAGAAGCUGGUGUUGCAACCGGAACAAGCCAACAAUAUCGAGAUGGAAAUAGCAAAUACAAAUUGGUGGCAUUCAUUUCGCAUAUGGGUACAUCGUCACAGGUCGGGCAUUAUGUGUGCCACAUUCUGAAGAACGAUAAAUGGGUAAUAUUCAAUGAUAGCAAGGUGGCCAUUUCACAGAAUCCACCGAAAGAAUUGGGAUAUUUGUAUUUAUUUAAACGGUCGUAAGUUCUUGUGUCUACAAUCUACUUUACUAUGUGAAUGGAAUUGCGCAAUAAAUUGAUUUUUCUCUAAAUA